AUGUGUGCGGCUUUCUUUACUUUUUCCGCGCGGGCCUCUCGCGCCGCCGCUGAGUUUUCUGCUCAUCGAGCCCGGAACGCAGGUCGCCAGGCGCCCGUCUGUACGUCUUCUUCCUCUCUCUCUGCUGCCCGCGCCUCGAGUCCUACUUCUUCUUCUUCUCUAUCUUCUUUUUUUCCGUUUCCUUCUUCUCAGCGUCGAUUUUUCUCUGACAGGCAGAGCGCGCCCAGCGGCCGCUCGGAGGCCGCGACGUCGCCUUCUCUGUCUGAGGCGGAAAAGACACUCAAGCACUGGCUGCGAACCUCUGUUUGCGCCUCUUCUUCUCCUUCUUCCUCCUCUCAUGCUUCACCUUCUGCUGACUCUUGCCCACCCGGCUCUGCCGCCCCUCCCUCUCUCCCCUCGGCGCCUUCCCCCGCGGGCGCCUCGGCAGCCUUGUUCGCUUGGAGCGAGGAGCUCGCAGCGUCUGCGCCUGAGGCUUUUCUUCUUCUCGCGGACUUUGUGCGCGCGCGGAACCACGUGAACGAACUUCUUGAGCGCUACGCGAUUGGCGCCGCGCCCGACAACAGCCACGAGGACGCGAGGCGAAACGUCGAUGCCGCGGCGCGCGCCGUCGGCGUCGCCCUGCCACCGCGCGCAGAGGCUCCGCACGCGCCUGCGAUCUCCGCCGACGCACAGAACAUACAGGCGAGCCGCGCGGAGCUCUGA